CGAUCCACGAAGAAAGAAGGGUUCUUGUGAAGUUACACAUUUAUUAGAAACUGUAUAAAAUGGGUGGCUGGGCUUUGGAAAUCGGAAAAAUGGCGUUGUACAUGACGUUCCCAGUGGCAAUGUUUCACUGGUUUAAUCAGCCGAAAUAUUUUGAGAAAUGGGUCACAGAAACUCGGCGACAGUUAUAUCCUCCGGAAAAUCCACAACAUCGUGAAGAAAUUCAGAAAUGCAUUCGCAACGUUAGAGAACGGCAUGAUCAGGAACUGAUGAAGCAACUUGAAGAAAUCGAGAAAAAAGAAGUUAAUUAGCUGUAGAUUAUUUGUGCAAUUGAAUGUAUAUAACUCAAGUUUCCUAAUAUAGAAUCCUGCGGUAGAGAUACAAAUUGAAAAAUAACAUAAUUUUCGUAGAUUCAUAAGCGUAAUGAGAUUUUCAGCUAUUAUAGUAUAGAUUUAGAGAGGUAAACA